UUUCUCCAGCCCCGCCUUUUCCGGUACCUGCCGUAUCAUGGCGCAGGGACAGCGCAAGUUCCAGGCACGGAAGCCGGGGAAGAGCAAGACCGCGGCGGCGGCCUCCGAGCGGACUCGAGGCCCGAGGAAGGGUGGUCGUGUUAUCGCCCCCAAGAAGGCGCGCAUCGUGCUGCAGCGAAAGCUCAAGAAGGACCUGGAGGUCGGGAUCCGGAAGAAGAUCGAGCAUGACGUGGUGAUGAAAGCCAGCACCAGCCUGCCCAAGAAGCUGACGCUGCUGAAGGCCCCCGCCAAGAAGGAGGCGCCCUCUUCCUCCGCCACCGGGACGCCUUCCUAAGGACGGCAGCCUCCGUGCUCAGAUCCAUGCAGGUGACCCCGCAGGCGGCCCCGCAAGGAGGGGCCGAGCAGUCACACGCGCCUCAGGCUUCACUGGGGGCCUAGCCCGGGCUAGGUGAUCAGAGGCUCUGAAAUGCACUGGUCAGACUCCCGGGGCCCCCAGAGCUCCAGAAGGGGAGGAAAUGUCCACCGAUUCUGUGUCCUCCGCCCCCGCCUCGGGUCUUACCUCCACUGGUUUAACCCAGAGCAAUAAACCUGACUGUCCUUUCUCCUGCACGCCA